AAUGAUCCAAAAUUGAAUAAAACAAAACUUACAAGGAAAAGGUUAGGGUUUUAUCUCGUUCAUAAGAAGCGAUGGCGGAGCCGGGCGGGCCAGAUUGGACAAAUGAGUGGGGGGCACCAGUGUUUAUGCGAUACGAGCCUGGUUCUGAGCCUGUGGAAAAGUGUGAUUAUCUUCCAUGCAUCAGGCGAGGUGAGAAUCAAGGACCGUUUCUCACUCAGGAAGAAGAGAAACGCCGCUUUAAAGAACAAGUCAAGAGUAGCAAGGGUUUUGACAUCAACUUUGAGGAGUUCCGCUGCGGUUUUAAUUACGUACCAGUUGAUUUCGAUGAAAACUACUAUUUGAGCGAUACAGACACCACCAGAGGAGUGAUAGAGAGGCUCUCUCGGGAAUCACUUGACCGUUACAGCAAAAGAACGGGUAAAGGUUUUGAAUUUGUUGAGGUUAUCAAAGCCAAUACUCACCCGACGGGUACUGCUGCCGAUAUGUUUUACACUACCUUUAGAGCUAAGGAGCCUUCAGAUGAUCAGCCAAAAGACUUCCAAGCUAUGGUCUGCUAUUUCUUUUAUACCUCAAACAAGUACCACUCCGCCAACUAAAACCUGAGAAGAAAGUUCACUCCAUUGAACCGUCUGAGAAAGAAGAUGCCAAGAAAGCCAGGCUGACAGAGGAGGCAUCUGCUGCCUAAUCAUGGAUGGUGGUGAGGCGAUAAUAAGCCGAGUCUAGCUAUGUAACGAGACUUGUACUAGUUUUACCAUUUUCCUUGUUCGUUUGGUGUGUUGAAAUUUAACUUCUGCUCUGAUUUUGUUGUUCCUUUGGUGUUUUCCAAGUCCCCAAGUUCUGUUGUUUUUUUAAUUCAAACUUUAGCUGUUUCUGAUUCUGGGUUUUCUCUAGCAUUAUAAUAAAAAAAACUAGUUAAUAUGA